CUGAUCCUCCUUCCUUACUUCCCUUUCUGUUGGUAGGGGAUUAAAAUCAUAUCCUUUGCUGAAGUACGGAUCUGAGCUUUUAAACCCAGAUGUUGGAAGGUUGGGGUACGAUCUGGCAGAACAAUCUUGUUUGAUUUCGGACGUAUACCUGCUCUUUGCUUAGGUACCAUACUUCAUGUCUUUUUCCUUUUACCUACUACCCUCACAGAUUGGGUGAAUAGUCUAUAGAUGAAUCCAUGCACGUAACCUCCUUUAGGCCAUGAACGCCCGUGCAUCUUGUCCCGUAUAUAUGCAGAAAUUUUGGUCUCGCAAUGACGUGCCGGCAAGUAAUAUACGAACUUGGUCCGACAUACAAUUGUAGAGAUCAAUAUUUUUUUAUAUACUUAAAAUUCUCGUUUUAAAGAUCAAACGUAUACCUUUCUCACAGUUGGCGUGCUGGCAAGUUGAUAUGAACUUGGUCCGACGUACAAAUUGUGAGAUAUGUCAUACGAUCAACGAAACUCCCUUUUAUUCAUGCAACAAUUAUCAACUCUUUCCAAAUUUAUAUAAGAUGCUCGCUUAAAGAUCACAAGUAUAUUUUUUUCACAGUUGGUGUGCCGGCAAAUUUAUAUGAACUUGGCCCGGCGUACAAACUGUGAGAUCAAUGUUUUAUUUAUUAGAUGGCCGUUUAAAGAUGCAAACUUAUAUCUUCCUCACAGUUGGCGUGCCGGCAAGUUUAUAUGAACUUGGUCCGACGUCCAAACUGUAGAGCUCAAUUUAUAUAUAAGAUGCUCAUUUUAAGGCUACACACAUAUACCCUUCUCACAGUUGGCGUGCCGGGAAGUUUAUAUGAACUUGGUCCGACGUACAAACUGCGAGAUCAAUGAGACUUCUCUUUAUUUGAUGCAAGAAUUACCAACUCUUUCAAGGUUUUGCAUAUAUCAACUUUUUUCAAAGUUUUGCAUCCAUCAACCCUUUCAAAGUUGACACGUAUCUCUUUUUUAGGAUAAUUCAUUUUGCUGGUAUUUGACCUUUGCAUAAUUUUUUAGCACUAAUAGUCAUCAUCACUUUUUGUGAGUGCAAAUCCUUUCCUCUUCAUCAGGGGCUGGCUUCGCUCGGACUAUUGCCUCCGUGGUAAAAUUUCCAUUCAUUUACCAUGGUCACUUGUUUUUGCUGUUUUGAACAUGACUUGUAACUGUACCAACACACGUAUAUUUUUCUUGUAUAGAGAUGGCGCAGAAUUCGCCCACGGUUCCCUCACAUCGACUAUCCCUUGUCGAGCUAGCCAAGCAACAGAAACUAUAUGAACCUAGCUCCGAUGACCAAGACUGUCCCAUAGUUAAAGCUAUAAGUAUACCAAAGGGUGAACUCGACUACGGCCCUCGCGGUUGGCGAGCGAGACAGUCCAAACUAGCUUACUCAUAUUACCCAUUGGCGGCUUCACCGCGAACUGAUACAGCUUUCUGUCUGGGUACUAGGAUGGUAUCCAAAGGUCUGACUUGGGAACGUCAUGAUAUUGAGUAUAUGCCCCGUCCUUCAGGUUAUAAUGAAUGGGGGGCAAACAUCUUACGGAAUCAUUCUUUUUCCCUAAAAGGACUUGGUGAAGGUUCAGAUUACCUAUGUGGAGCCAUUUACUGCUCUUUGGGUGAUUAUUCUAUUUCCCCUGCCUUGCUAAGAUCUCUGUUAGAAAAAUGGGAUCCAAAAACCAACACGUUCCUAUUCUCAUGUGGUGAACGCACUAUUACACUCCUUGAUAUGUAUCAAAUGGCUGGUCUCCCUCUGGAUGGAGACUUAUAUGAAGAAUUUAUCCCACCAGAACACGCACUAGACCCCUCCCUUUGCCAAUUCCCUGACUUCUUGGCAGACCUAUUAUCCACACAUGAUCAUCUUGCCAAGAAUAAUGGCGGCCACGUGACUUUCCAGGUCUGGUGUGACUAUUUUCACAACCGGCGAGACCACUCUGUUCCUUACGCGUCUCUUCGUGAGGUACGCUUGUAUGUCGCGGCGUACAUUGCUGUUUGGUUGUGCUACUUUGUUGUCAUUGGCGGGGGAGCCUAUGUUCGCGCUCGCGCUGGUGUCCUUGUGAUGGCGUCCUGGAUCGCUCUAGGGCGUCGAAUUUCAUUAGCUCCACCAGCACUUUGCUCUAUCUAUUUUUCGCUUCGUCACAUCAGCACCCAUCCUGUAGGACCCUGCUAUCGGAUUAGGGGAUGGCCUGUCCAUUUCAUUAUCGGCUGGAUGGGGGUUUAUCUGAAGAAUGUAUUUGGUAAACGAGCAAAAGUGAGCAAAUUUCCAACUCCUAAGCUUUGUCCAGGGAGAUUAUCUAUGGUGGGGACUAUGUUUAGGAUUCCACACGAUUUUAGCCCUGAAAAGGCGCACGAUUUCUUUGAGAAACACAAGAAUAUUGUGUGGUACCCCUCAAAUUUCUCUGACUUGGCUACUAUUGAGGCAAGAGAAAUGCCGGCAGUGAAUCAUUGGAGGGACAUCUUAAGAGGUUACACCUUGGAUAACAAUGCCCCACCGCCUUUGUUGCAACAGAAGCGGAAAAAUAAUCCAAAUGAUGUUUCUGCAAGUUCCUCUUCCAAUCCUCGACUACUUAUAAGCGUGACCGUAUCAGGCACGCGUUUAAAUGCAAGGAAGGAGGGUACUGACAUUUUGGUUGAUGGGAGUUCAGAGGGACCUAGUCCAAAUGCAACAAUCUCUUUCGAUGGGGAGGAGAGACCUGCUGUCAAAAGGAAGAUUGAUUCUUCUCUUGGAGAAAGCCCAUGUAACCUAGACGAGUUGGUUGAAUUUAUGCAUGAACUUGGUGAUACAGGGACUGAUGAUAAUAUCAUAGGUUCUGAUCUAUCAUUUGAAGAUUUUAAUAUAUCAGAACCAUCUCUUAAUCUUCCAACUCCCCCCACUAUCAUUUAUCUUGCCGCUCCUUCUUAUCGCCAGGUGGUGCGGAAGGAGCUUCUAAUCUCAUCAGUGGCGAGGGAAUAA